AUGGCGGAUUCUCCGGAGCAAAAGAGGCGAAGAGUGAAAAAUAAUAAAACGCAAAGUUUAGUGGGAAAUUUUUUGAAAUGGUGCAACGAUGUUGGUUUAAUUUUAAACGAUAAGGUAUUACUGUAUGUCAAGAACACGGCGACCCGAUAUACACAUUGUUUGUUAGCCUAUUGACUCAGUUAUUUUGGUACAAUUAGCUUGUAACAUUUAAUUGCUUAUAAAAGCGUUUUGAGACUCCUGAUUUAUUGAAUAACCAGGCAUUUUAUAUCAAUUCCCCGACUCGAAAUUGCGUCAUUAAUUUUCCAUCGUGUUAUCUUCGACUGUCUUCAGACCACUGCCAAAAAUGAAGCCCAGAAUUGACGUUUUCAUGCUCAAAUUAGUCUAUAUAGAAAAUUGAGUUCACUGAGUUUCUUUAAAUUCAUUGCCAUUGGUGAGUGCCGAGUGAAUUUCCCAACGUACAGGCUAUUGCCCACUUGAUAGGGGAACCGACACCGAGGAACCUACGAUUUUAACGUCCUUAUCCGAGAAGACGCGAAAGUGUAGCCAUUUAGUGAAGUCAAUGUAAAGGUAGCACUUUCUCCUCAAUUAUUUUAAGACCUUGAGUAGAGGUCCGUCGAAGGUUUGAACCAUUGAAAAUGGUUUGAACUCAGGUCUUCCAGCUUGAAAGCGGCAAGCAUGGUGACGUUGUUUGGACAGUAAGUUUGCCGAAGUUACAACAUUUUAGUCAAUAUUAAAGGUAUAGUCGUUUUAUUAUUCAUGACAACCUCAGAUCAGUCAUGAUCGAUGCAACUUGUUGAACCUUUGACUUUGUUCUGACAUUUUGAGGCCGUUAUGCCGAUCACGUCUCAAAAAUACAGCCCCAGUUAACCGGGUAUACUUAAGCAACGGAAAACAACCAACAGUCUUUUAUAUUUUUGUAAUUUCACAACUAUAGGUGACAGUAAGAGAAGACGGUUCGUGUCACAGAUUUGGAAUGAUAGCUCUAGAAGAUCUCGAUGACGGAGAGUCUGUCUUCAAAAUUCCAAGAAAUGUUUUACUCGAACCAAAUACGUCGUCAAUUUCUAAAACUAUUUUGGAAUUUGAAAAAAAUCUGCCGGAAAUUGACACAAGGUAUAGCGCAAUGGCAUCGUUCGCUUUUAAUGCUAAUUACAAGUUUCGCAGUGAGCUGAAACAGUAACACCUCCCUCGAGCAUUUUUUCUUCAUUUCUGCCUAGAAACAAAUGGUUGCCCCUGCUUCUUACGCUUCUUUAUGAGUACACGAAUCCUGCAUCAAAAUGGCGGCCUUAUUUAGACCUAGUCCCAAGUGAAACCGUCCUCAACCAGCCAAUAUUUUGGAAUGAACAAGAAAGGGAGUACUUGAAGCUGAUUGGGCUAAAAGAUGGCGUGGAUGAUGAUGAAACGAACAUCGAAAAAGGAUAUAUAUAUUUCGUUUUACCUUUUAUGGAUAAACACAAGGAAUAUUUCGAGUAAGUUAAUACAUUUGGACACACGAUGGAACAUUAAAUAUCUGGAAAGCCUUGAAAACUCGUCCAGCGAGGCUUUGAAAUGGUACAGACUCGUAUAUGCUCGUAAUUUUUUGGGUGGCAAUUUGCACUAAUACUGUUACACACGUAAAAAUCUCAGAACUUGUCAACAAGAUGUGUUCGCAACAGGCUUGUAGCAAGCUUGUCAACAUGUUGUAACAAUGCUGUUAUUUCAUCAAGUUGCUACAAGGUUGCCAUUCACAACUUGUUGAUAAAUUGUUGAAUUGCAGGAGUUGUUGGAACAACUUGUGACAAGUCUGUUGAGUUCAACAACCUUGUAGCAAGUUGUCAACAAACCGCUGACAACUUGUCAACAAGCUGGGAACAAGCAGAGCGAACACACCCUGUUGAGAAGUUGUUGGAACUGCAUUGCUACAAGUCUGCUGCAGGUUUGUUACAACUUGUGCGUUUUUACGUGUGUAGCGGUAAACAUACGUAAAAACGCACAAGUUGUAACAAACCUGCAACAGACUUGUAGCAAUGCUGUUCCAACAACUUCUCUAUGUACAGGACAACGGCCUGUUGACAACUUGCUACAAGGUUGCUGAGCUCAACAGUCUUGUUAGAAGUUGUUGUUACAAGCCUGUUGCGAGCACGUCUUGUUGACAAGUUGUGAGAUUUUUAUGUGUGCAAUUAGUUGACCGCGAUAUGGGAAUUGAACCCACAAUAACUCGAGUUCAAAUCCCACAGUUAUUUUCUUCAAAAAAUUAUUUCAUAUUUUAUUACAGUCCCAAGAUCCACACUCUGGGUCUAUAUAAGCGUCUGGCAGGUUUUGUCAUGGCGUAUAGUUUUACAGACAGCGACAGUGUUGAUGCUAAGCCAGCUAUGGUCCCGAUGGCCGACAUCUUAAAUCACAUCAGUGACAAUAAUGCACACCUGGAAUUUGGCGAAGAAUUUCUAAGUAUGGUCACUACGCAACGGGUUCACAAGGUAGAUAUGAGAAAUAGUUCUGCUUGUCAACAAGAUGUGUUCGCAACAGGCUUGUAGCAAGCUUGUCAACAAGUUGUAACAAUGCUGUUAUUUCAUCAAUUUGCCAAAAGGUUGUCACUUUCAACUUGUCGACAAAUUGUUGAAUUAAAGGACGAUAACAAGUUGUAACAAGUCUGUUUAGCUCAACAAUUAACUUGGGACAAGCAGUUCGCACAUUCUGUUGACAAGUUGCUGGAACAGCAUUGCUACAAGUCUGCUGCAGGUCUGUUAAAACUUUUUCAACGUUUUUACGUAUGUUCGCUGAUACAAACCGAUAGAGAUUAUAUCGUAAAACCGACAAUAUAUUUCCGCUUCGCCUUAGGAACACACGUCGUUGAAAAUUAGUUGUUUUCAAAAAAAUAAACUUUUUACGUUUUCAAAAUUACUGCGAGAAAUAGUGAAUAAUAAUGAUAUCAUGCAUUUAUUAUGUAGGGCGGUGAAGUAUUCAAUACGUAUGGAAAUCUGGAUAACUGCAAUCUUUUACGUUCUUAUGGCUUCAUUGAAGAACCUCCCAACACUUUUGACGAGGUGAAUAUCGUUGAGAUAAAAUGUACAUAUCAGGUGUUCACGGGCCUUGAAAAUCCUGGAAAGUCCUUGAAUUGGAAAAAACAGGAAUGGAAAGUUCUUGAAAAUCGGUAGUCCUGGAAUUAAUUUCCUUAACCUCCAGCUCCAGCUGCGCCAACAUUAGUGAUUUUUGAGCAAAUCCGUGCAAUUUUCAAAGAUUUUCCCCAGUUCUAGGUCCUUGAAUUUACUGAAAAGGGGCCUUGAAACUCCUGGGAAAGUCCUUGAAUUUCACCUUCACAAAGGGUGGACACCCCGAUAUAUCGUUGAAAUUUAAACCCCAGACAGACAAGCAAGUUUUCCCCAACAAUUUUACCUUCUCGUGUGUACGUUCGACAAGUUAUCCUUGACAAGUUCUGUUGCUCGCGUUCACGGAAUGUUGUUAAACAUUUAUCUCGCGUCAAGGCCGCCUUUUGUUUGCCAAAACCAUAGAAGUAAUUCUUGUACACUUGUCAAGUUUUCCUUGGCGGCCGUAGUACACACGAACAAAUCUUCCUUGUCAAAAAAUUGUCAAUUUUUUCCAGUACACAUGAGCAAAUAGAACUUGUCAACUGUCAAGAAAAACUUGUCAAGUAUCUCGUGUCCACAUUGGUACAACAAUUAGGAAUAACACUUGCUGGACCUCCAGAGAAAACAGUUUAGGACUGAUAGAGCUAUCCAUGCAGUAUUUAAUUUAGUCUUAUACCUUAGUUCACGCUUUGACUUGUAUCAUAAUAUUUCCCUCGAAGGUUGAAAUACCAUUGAAGGUCUUUCAAGACGUGCUAGAAAUACCAGACAAUGUAUGGGAGUCCAAGGUGUCUCAAUUUCACGAACAGGUACAAAAAAACAGAAUUUUGAUAUAGAAUUUGUUUAUUUUAGAAAUGUUUUACCAGAGAAUUUAUUCUAAUAAUAUAUAGUAGCGAAUGAUUUUACCAGAAGAAAACUUGCAUUAAUUAUUUUUCUGUUUAGUAUACCACGGGUCAUAUAAAUACAGACGAAGGGCUUGUCUUUAGCAUCGAGGCUGGAUGCUCGUGGACAAAACAAGAGCUAUACACGUUUUUUCAGGCAAGUCAAAUAUAUUUUAGUAGAGGCAUCCGUGAGAAUCUUAUUUUCGCAUGGAGUAACUACCAUAGCACGAACAAAUAUUUUUAUUUCUGGCAUCCAAGUUUUGGGCUCAACGUUUUCUGCCCACUGAUAUUCUUCUUGAUAAAUGCCCUAAAAUUACACGCUCAUCGCGAGAACCCCCCUUUGCAAAGUUUGACUGUACCAAUGAUUCACAUGAAUCUUCGGCACUCACCAAAAUACUGCAAAGUUUGAAUGGAACCAUACGGGAGGUUGGAAAUUCCAGGCGGCAAGCAGGCUAUACGGGAGGGUGUAUCAAAAAAUAUAAUCCAAUUAUUACGUUUAUAUAUAGGUAUUCUGUUUUUGUAUUUAUAAAGAUCAGGCUUUUAGCUGUUAUUUGACACCUUUAUGGAAUCAUUGCGAUAAAAAAUGACCAAAAUACAUGUUCUUCCAAUUUUCGAAAAUUUCUCGAAAUGCUUGUCGCCCACUUGGGAAACGUAUGGCAUUGCUAGCUGAGACUGCAAACUUCCAGUUUUGUAAAAUGUUUUAACCACUCAAUUUCGAUGCAAAGUUGCAAGUAACUCGAGUAUUUUAUUUUAAAAUUUCUGCAGAUAAUACACGAUACGACGUUCACGAAAAAAGAUCCUGACUUCAUUAAAACUGAAUCAAACACGAAAAACAGCAAGGAAAAUAAUGUAGAAAUUGAAAACAAAGACAUGAAAGACAGCAAUGGACAAACUACUACCUCAAACUCAUUGGGCAAAAUACUACCCAAACACAGAGGGGUAACGGUUGAUAAUAGCGGUAGUCAAGACGAUAAUGGAUGCGAAGUGGACUCAGAAGAUGGGGAUUCAGAGGGUGAUAGCGAUACGACAGGGGGUACGGAUGGUUCUGGGAGUGAUGCAAUAGGGGAUUACUGGGGAAUAGAUGAAUCAGAAAGCGAUGGCUCAAGUUGUGACGAGAGUUGUUUAGACUGGUGUAAGUUCCUAUAGUAGCGUCGUUUUAGGUUGGCAAAACGUUGCCGACCUGCAAUUAUUAUAUUCUGAUGCGUUUCAGAGCAAGAGAGAGAGAGAGAGAGAGAAAAGACGAAGCAAUAUUCUUGUAUUUACGUAUUUUUAGUUUGAGAAGAACGUAUACAACAUGCAUAUAAUGUACAUAUAUGUUAGUGUAUAGAGCUUUUGCACUCAUUCCCCAGGGACCAACUCAACAAAAGUCUAUAAGUAAAACUAUUUUGAAUUGGAACUGUGCGACGUCAUGUGCAAACGCUCUAUUCAUGAAUUAUGACAGUCCGACUCAUACAAAACAUUACUUCGCACCCCCUCAAAUAAUCAGAAAAAAGUUCAUACCCUUGCUUAUAAUAAGACGCUGCUUUGUGCUAUAGGCAUAUUAACAUUUAUAUUUACUUUUGUAUUGGGAAUGUGUGCACUUUUAUAAAAUUUUAUUCUGGACAAUGCGAGAUAGUUUAUUUGGGAGAGUGAAUUAUACCAUUGAAGAUGCACCCUUGCCUCUUUAUGGGUUAAUAAACUCUAUAUAUGUAUUUUUGUUUCAAGCCCUUUUCCGUUUUAUAAAAUUGGUCCCCCUGUCAGGAAGAGAGCUUUCGCUUCAUGAGCCCCUUCCCAUUCUCGCCCCGAAAUAGCGUCCAGUCCCCAUGACACGUAUACUUAAUGACCGCUCCCUUAGUUCCACAAAGCAUUGUGCGUAAAUGUGCUUACAUCUUGUGUUUAAAUUUCAGUUGAUUUACAGGAGAUACCAAAGGAAUGGAAAGAAACUUUAAAAAGGUGACGUAUAAAUUACAGUUAUAUAAAUGUUACAAUUACAAUUGUUUCAAAAAUUUAAUCGCUGUCUUUCCCUCCUAUAAAGGGCGGCCAGUGUCUUCUCAGAAAAGAUAAAAAAAAUAUCAGAGGAAUUGUCAAGACUGAACAAAUCAGAAGAGACAACACGAACAGUAAUGGUUAAAAACAUAUCAGAAGGCCGAUUGACAAUCUUAAAGAAAGUCCAAGAUUUAGAAAUUUAA